UCCUCGAGUAGAGAUGAGUGUAGUUGCAUGAUGCUCGCCACCAACUCAAAAACCUCUGUCGAAGCAUGCAAAGCUACUAUGAUCCUCACAAAACUCAACCUCCCAUCACUUCCCAAGUCCCCAACCUCCCCUCUUGCAUUUCACUUUUCAACUUCUUCUCCACCACAUCUCCAACAACCCAUCGCCAACAAGCCAUACUGGACCACGAAAAUCCACAACCUCUGCACCAAGCACCGGAACGUCGACGAAGCCCUUCGCCUGCUUGACACCCUCUGCCUCCACGGCUACCGCCCCGAUUCCCUCAACCUCAGCAGCAUUAUCCACGCCCUUUGUGAUUCCAACCGGUUCUCCGAGGCUCACCAUCGCUUUGUUCUCUCCUUGUCUUCUCAUUUAAUCCCUGAUGAACGGACCUGUAAUGUUCUCAUUGCUCGCUUGCUCCAUUCCAAAACCCCGCAUUCCACAUUGCAUGCUAUACGUUCUUUACUUAAAUACAAGCCUCAGUUCGUGCCUUCAUUAACAAACUUCAACCGUCUAAUCGAUCAGUUUUGUGCGGAUUUACGCGUAGAUAUUGCGCAUAGGUUGUUUUUUGAUAUGAAGAGUAAGGGACAAUUGCCCAAUGCUGUUACUUACACUACUUUGAUUGGUGGGUAUGUCGGAAUUGGUGAUAUAGGUGUUGGCUUUAAGUUGUUUGAUGAAAUGCGUGACUGCGGGGUGUUUCCAAAUUCGCUUACUUAUAGUGUCCUUAUUGGUGGGGUUUUUAUGAAAAGAGACGUUGCUUACGGGAAGGAGUUGAUGGACAAGCUUUGGGAUAGAAUGAAGGAUGAAAAGGAGGAGCCGGCCGUGAACGCGGCAGCAUUUGCUAAUCUUAUCGAUUGUUUAUGUAGAGAAGGGUAUUUCAAUGAAGUUUUUAGAAUUGCGGAAACCAUGCCUCAAGGGCAGAGUGUAAGUAAGGAGUUUGCUUAUGGUCAUAUGAUCGAUUCGCUUUGUAGAGCUGGAAGGAACCACGGCGCUUCUAGGGUUGUUUACUUGAUGCGAAAGAAAGGUUUUGUGCCGAGCUCAGUUUCUUAUAAUUGCAUUAUUCAUGGCCUUUGUAAGGAAGGAGGUUGUAUGAGAGCUUAUCAAUUGUUUGAGGAAGGAAUUGAGUUUGGAUACUUGCCAUCCGAGCACACGUACAAAAUUCUAGUAGAAGGGCUUUGCCGAGAAUCUGACUUCUAUAAAGCGAGGCAAGUUUUACAGUUCAUGUUGAAUAAGAAAGGCCUGGACAGAACUAGAAUUUACAAUAUAUAUUUACGAGCUCUUUGCCUCAUAAAUAACAACCCAACCGAGCUUUUAAAUGAACUUGUUUCUAUGCUUCAGAACCAGUGUCUACCUGAUGUGAUUAGCUUAAACACAGUUAUCAAUGGGUUUCGCAAAAUGGGAAGAAUGGAUGAAGCUCUGAAGGUACUGAGUGACAUGACAAAUGGGAAAUUUUCUGCUCCAAAUGAAGUGACAUUCACUACGGUCAUCUGUGGUUUAUUAGAUGUAGGAAGAACAGUAGAAGCUCUUGAUGUAUUAAAUCAGAUAAUGCCUGAAAGGGGUUUAAGACCUGGUGUUGUUACAUAUAAUGCAGUUCUUCGUGGUUUGUUUAAAACCCAACGUGCAAAUGAAGCAAUGGGGGUAUAUAAUUGCAUGGUAAAUGAAGGCGUGACUGCCAACAGCACCACUUAUGCUAUAGUUGUCGAUGGAUUAUUGCAAUCCGGCCAAAUAGAGGAGGCUAAGAAGUUUUGGGAUGAUGUUAUAUGGCCUUCACAAAUUCAUGAUGAUUUUGUGUAUGCGUCUUUUCUCAAAGGGCUAUGCCACACUGGCCAUUUUAAUCAAGCUUGUCAUUUCUUAUAUGAACUGGUUGAUUCUGGGGUCACUCCAAAUAUUGUGAGCUUCAACAUUGUGAUUGACAAAGCCUGCAAGUUGGGUUUGAGAAAAGAAGCUUAUCAAAUUGUGGGAGAAAUGAGAAAGAAUGGGCUUGAACCAGAUGCUGUAACUUGGAGGAUUCUUGAAAAACUACAUGGUAAUGUAAGAAAAACACUUUUUACCGAGGAUUCACCACUAAAAUCUGAAGGUCUAUAAUGAGGCAGGUUUAUUCGAUUCUCUAAGCCUUGCUUCUAUAAACAAGGAUUCCUUGUUUGAGUCCUUUUUUGCAGCAGCCUGCUUCAUUCAAAGGAACUGGCAACAAUGGAAGAAAAUUGCUAAUGUCAUUAUUAAAUGAGAAACCAAAUAAGGACACAUUGUGAGGAAUCUUAUGUCCACAGAAACUAUAACUCGAGGGUUUCUCAAACUGCUUGUGCAAUAAAUCUGGAUUUGAAAGCACUUUACAUUUGUUGGUUAUCGAGGUAAAGGUAAUAGUCUCAUGGGGUAGGUGAAGGUGAGUAGGCCUCAUGUAAAGGAGGAUAUAGGUGGCUGGCUUUGGAUCUCAGCACAGAGGCAUGUGGAGGACUUUGUGAGUACACGUUUACUUGAAUUAUACAUACCUUAUAGUCACAAAUAUUGUUUCAAAACGGUUGAAUUGCAAAAAAAACAAUGCCAGUUCAUAUUAUUGUAGCUGAUGGAUAUAGGAGGCUGGCUUUGGAUCUCUGCAUAGAGGCAUGUAAGGACUCUGUGUGUACACAUUUACUUGAAUGAUACAUAGCUGAUAGUCACAAAAAUUGUGUCGAAACAGUUGAAUUGCAAAUAAAGCAAUGCCAGUUCAUAUUAUUGUAGCCAUGGAACCAUUUCUUGGUUCUUUCACUACAAAAAAUAGGCUAUUUAACGACAGUUUUCAUUUUACCUCUGGCAAUUGCUGUAACCCUCGGAAAUUUGUUUAUUAAUAAAAUUUUCUUGGAAAAUCUUUUGGGGUUUAAAUAAUUACUAGCUGAGGAGCUUGGUUAAUUCCCUCCUAUCUCCUCUUUCACAUCAAGCCCUCAUCAUCAAUGCUUGCUUUCCUUAAGAUUGCUCUGUCAGUGCCCUUUGUCCGUCAUUGCGGCUUCCUGUGAUUUCUGGAGAUGAGGAUGGCAGCGGGUCUUUGGGCUUCUCAAUACACUGCCAUUAUCAAGUUUUUUACUUCUCUCUCUAAUCUAAGCUUAUUCAAUUCUCGUCUUCCCUUCAAGAGCUUACCCUCUCUUCACAAGCAAGCUUUCUCUAAUUUGCUUGAAUUUUCAGAUACAUUUUGUUGCUCUGCAACUCUGGACUGGUUGCUUGCUCAGUCAUUGACUCGCCCCUCGAGUAGUCUUGUGCAACAUCUGAAAAACUAUACGAGGGUGUUCCGAGCACAUAAGUACUUGGGAGCGUUCCAAGCAUGAAAACGCCCCGAAUUGUUCCAAGCGCAGAAGCCUUCAGGGUCGUUCCAAGUGCAAAACUGUUCAAGGUUGUUCCAAGUAUGAAAGUGCCCAAAAGCAAGUAUGUAACAACUAUUUAUAUGACGAAAUGAAAGUAACUUAGAACGAGUGGUAGGGUUCAUGAGUUAUCUGUAUAUUUGGGAUGUUUUAGAGAGUUUGACUUAAUGACUCAGAUAUGGAGGUAGGUAA